AUGGGAUCAGAUGUCAAAGAUCGCCAGAUCGGCCGAACCGUGCAAUCGAAGAUUGGAGCCAAAGAGGAAUACGAUGAAACACCAGAUAAGAUCGCGAUGCCAAAGACGGAAUAUAACCCAAUAAAGAUCGCGUCCAUGGAGAAGGAGACGACGGGUGAAGCGCGGGGGCGUGCAAAAUGGCAGUACUAUUAUGGCCAGUUGAAGACGCUGCUCAAGACGGACCCAGUAUUCAAGAUAUUAAGGCCCAAGUUGAUUGGUCCUCUGGAUAAGCCGAUCUCGGUCCCACUUCACGGGACCAACAAAGUCGACGAGAUCAAUUUGAUUUUGCAGAUGUUGGACGACAUGGAUAUCUGCCCUGACGCUUUUGAUGGAGAUGAACUGCUGAGUUGCAUCUUGGAACAGUUGAAGGACGCGGCGAAUGAGUUUGUAGAGAUCAUGAUAAUGCUGGUGAGCAAAGCGAAUACUCCUGAAGACAAGAUCGGGACGCCCUCGGGCUCGCUCCGUAAACACCCCGCGGGGUCGCCCCGCUACGCCUCGGAUGACUCCGAGAGCGAGUCAGAUGGAUCCAUCAGCAUUCGUCAGAUGUCUCUAGGACCAUCGGGUGGAAGGUUCUUAAAGGACAAGAUCGGACAAGCCAAGAUCGACGCCUAUAAGGGACAAGCCAAGAGCAACAUGCCGCAGAGAUCGGCCAGUACCCGCACUGGGCUGGAGGGUCAAGAAGAGGGCGAUCUAAGUUGGUACUUCAAUUCAGACAUGAAGAAGUACGAGUCGGAUCAACGUACAGCUCAGCGAAUGAAUCGACAGCCAAACCGCUACCCAUAUCGACGUACUUUGCUCAAACCUUCACACGAAAGCCUUGACAUGCCGGAUGUGGAGAUGGAGUCGGUGGGGUCGGACAUUUACCAACAUAUCCAUGAGGGGGCGGAAUACGACCCGGAUGAUCUAUGGAUGCCCGGACCACGGCGCCCUCAUGUAGCCGCGAUCGGUACGACUACCGGAGGGGGAAGUAUCACGCAGAGGAUCAGAAUCUCAGCGAUUUCUGAGCUGAAAGAAUUCUCAGGGAAGGACCGGGAAGAAGACAAAGCACGGACCUGGAUCGGCAAAGUGAAAUCAGCGUUUAUCCGGCACCAAGCACCGGACGAGGAGAGAUGUCUGGUCUUCGGUGAUCUCAUGGUGGGCCCAGCCCGCUACUGGUACCGACAGCUGAGUAGAUCGACGAGAUUCAACUGGAAAGAAUUGAUGAACAGUUUUCUUGUGGAGUAUGCGGGACACGGGAUGUCCGCGAGCAGGCAGUACUACCACGCAAAGAAACGAUCGGAGGAAGAUCCUUUACAGUACCUGUAUCGGCUUAAUGUGAUGGGAAUGCAGGCAAAGAUACCGGUGAUGACUGGAUUGCCAGCUGCGCGCAAGGAACAUGUCAAUCAUUUCAUUGACACCUUGGACGACCCCGAUCUGUCCAAUCAAUUGCUACUGCUGAAUGUAGAAGACGCGGAGGCCAUGCAAAAGACACUGCACGGAUAUCAACAAGGGAGAUCGCGUCAAGGGAAAGUGAUGAUGGGAUCGUCCAAAUUCAGGCAGAAGGGAACUCCGGGUCCAGCGUUUUCUAAGCCUGCAUGA